AUGGCGUCGAAUAGCCAUGACCGCGGCUCUAACGACCAGAAUGAUUUCACCCACCACUCAAUCCCCUUACAGGAUCUCUCCGACCACCAGGAACGAACAGGACGACUGGGAAGCCGGCUAUUUUCUGGUCGCUCGUUGACCGAAAGAGGACGGACGUAUGAACGAUUAACGAACGAUUCACCGGUUGAAUAUGGAAGCCAUGCCACGCAUUCGCUCUCUACCGAGGACGCGAGUCAAUUCUCCACCUCAGAGAUCGGGGCAUUUGCGAUAGCGACUUCAUUUGGAGGACACAGUCGAGAUUCAUUAGGACCUGAUGGGGACGAUGAACACUCACAUAGUUUCGGCUCUAACGAAGUCGAGCACCCUCAUUCCUCCGAACCAUACGGCGAUACCGCUCCAUUGACAAGUGCCGCUAAUAUGCAACAUAUUAGCGGCGCAUCCGCCACCCCCCGCACCAGCGGUUCGCGCGAUCGAUCGAAUACACCCUCCGUUCGAUUUGAAAAUGGCCACAUGGGACCACGUUUGGGAGAUGACCUGCACAAUGUUGAGGCCGGCUACAGUGGGAGACGUCGCGGGGAGAGCGUCUCGAGAGACGGCGGCCGUUCGCUAUCCCCUUCGGUUUCCGGGUCGGCGCUGCAGCGUGCAAGUUCGAUGGUGAAGACCGUCUCCCAACGUGUCGUGAACUUGAGUAAUGAACCGGAGGUGGUGGAACAGUCGCUCUCGAGGGAAUCCCAUAAAAGUUCACGCAUGGAGGCACCGCCAGCCCUUCCCUCCCUUCCGGAUUAUGCCCACGAUGCGCCGUCGACGGCCUCGUUAAGUGAAGGAAUCUCUAGGGAGAAAUCAACGAACAAGGCAUGGCGAGGACUGAGCAAUCCCUUGAGGGGUAAGGCGCUUGGCAUACUUGGUCCAGAUAAUGCAAUUAGGACUUGGUUGUGCGAUAUUCUCGUUCAUCCGUUUACAGAACCUUUCGUCCUGGUCGUCAUCGUUAUUCAGACGAUCCUAUUAACCAUUGAAUCUGCGAAAUCGGAUUUCGAUAUCUCAUCGAUCUGGGGUGCCAGGGGUAUUAUGGACUAUCUCUACAUCGUGAUUUUCAUCAUCUACACCAUUGAACUUGUUGCUAAAAUCCUAGUUUCUGGGUUCUUUUUCAACCCAGUCGAGUACAGCACAAUAGAUCGGUCAAAAGGACUUGGUAAUGCACUGUUAGAGAAAGGGAAAAAUCUUAUCACGCCACAACGGCAAUUUUCGACCAAGAAAGCAUCAGUGCAGCCAGAGCCCCAGCAAGCUUCAAUUUUACGAACAUUCACAGGCGGGUUAAACCAGAUGGAGCAGCAGCUGGCUGAUGAUCCUCUCCAAAAACGCCGCAUCAGACUUGCGCACCGCGCUUUUCUCCGGCAUUCUUUCAACCGACUAGAUUUUGUCGCGGUGGUUGCCUACUGGGUGAGUUUUGCGCUUGCCUUAGGGGGAGCAGAUAAUGCACAUCGGCUUUAUGUCUUCCGGAUGCUCAGCUGUCUUCGGAUUCUACGUCUCCUAGCGUUGACCAGCGGGACCUCGAUUAUUCUUCGAAGCUUGAAGAAGGCUGCUCCCUUGCUGGUCCACGUUGCUUUUCUGAUAGGGUUCUUUUGGCUCUUGUUUGCAAUUGUAGGCAUUCAAAGCUUCAAAUCAAGUUUUCGAAGAACGUGUGUUUGGGAUGGUUCCCCAUAUGGCGUGGAAGAUUUCACUAUGAAUGAUCCGGACGACCAUGUCCAAUUUUGCGGUGGCUAUAUGGCACUAAACGGCAGCUUGAUGUCUUGGAUCAAAUCUGACGGCAACCCUAGCUUUGGCAACCCAAAAGGAUAUAUUUGCCCUAAGGGUUCCCAGUGCGUUGAAGGCGACAACCCUUAUAGUGGGACUUUGAGUUUCGAUAACAUCGCGAAUUCACUCGAGCUUGUGUUUGUGAUAAUGAGCUCAAAUACCUUCACAGAUCUACUUUAUUACACAACCGACAGCGAUUACCUCGUAUCAGCGCUUUUCUUUGUCAGCGGAUUUAUAAUACUGAGUUUAUGGCUGGUAAACUUGUUGGUCGCGGUCAUUACUCACUCAUUCCAGGUUAUUCGUGAAGAAAGCAAGCGCAGUGCUUUCGCAUCUCAGAAGGUCGAGGCAGAUAACGAGGAGGAUGAGUCGUCGCGGAAAACCAGUGCAUUGAAGCGCUUAUACAACUGGACAUACUGGUUCUGGAUUGUCAUCAUAAUCUAUGACCUUGUUGUCCAGGCUAUGAGGAACAACGACCGGAGCGGGCAAACGGAGGAUUUUAUCAACACUAACGAGAUUGUUGUCACACUUGUUUUGCUCGGUGAGAUUAUACUGCGGUUCAUCACAGACUGGCGGAAGUUCCAUCUCAGCCGCCGUAACUGGUUCGAUUUGGCGCUUGCUAUCAUCACCAGCGUUAUUCAAAUCCCCGCUAUCAGAUACUCGGGACGGCCGUAUGAGGUCCUCACCCUUUUUCAGAUCCUCCGAGUUUAUCGCGUUGUCCUAGCGUUUUCCGUCACGAGGAAUCUGAUUAUGCUCGUUUUCCGCAACGCCAGCGGUUUAAUUAACUUGAUUCUCUUCGUGUUCCUGAUGACAUUCCUUGCAUCCAUAUUCGCGACACAGCUCUUCCGCGGUCAGAUUGAUGAGAGAUCUGAUGAUGAGAUUAAAUUUGAUAAUAUCUACAACUCGUUUAUCGGAAUGUAUCGGAUUUUGAGCAGCGAGAAUUGGACCGAAACGCUUUACUCGGUUGUCUCUCACUCGCAUGAAUACGGCACUUCGUGGAUUUCAGCGACGUUCUUGAUUUUAUGGUUCAUUUUGGCCAAUUUUAUUAUUCUUAAUAUGUUCAUUGCGGUCAUCCAGGAGAGCUUUGACGUAUCCGAGGACGAAAAGCGCCUUCACCAAGUCCGAGCCUUUUUGGAACAGAAACAGAUCAAUGGUGCAUCUCAAGGAAACCUGUCACUUUCGAAAAUUUUCCAACUAGGAAGGGGUUCAUCUCGCUAUAGGGACCCGCUGGACCAUGGCCCGGCGGCGGUGGAUAUGCUCAUGAAGGACGCGGUUGUACGCGAGUUUCUCGAAGAGGAGAUGUCAUCCGAGAACGAGCAUCGGGAUCAGCCUUCGUUGGAACGAAGCGCAACUGCCGGGGAAGGGCUCAUAGAGCCACCCGGAGUAUUGUCACGCGCCUGGGAAACGAUUUCGAGAACAAUCAUACGGCGAGAGCCUAACCCGUUUUACACAAGAUUGAAGAUUCCACGGGGCUACGAAGAACUGGACCCCCAAAAAAUGGCCCAAGAGGUGGUCUGGGCAGAAAAGAAGAGAAAGCAAGCGCAAAAGGACUACCUGAUAGAACAUCCGAACUACAACACAUCCUUGUUCUUAUUUAAGCCGGAUAACCCGGUUCGAAGGAUGUGUCAAAGAAUUGUAGGUCCGGGCCGUGGAGUCCAGCGCGUGGAGGGGGUCGAACCGUACAGGCCUCUGUGGUAUGCCUUCUCUGGCUUCGUUUAUGCUGCUAUUGUCGCGAUGGUUAUCCUCGCUUGCAUCACCACGCCUAUCUACCAGUGGAAAUACUUGGAUUCGGGUAGAAACUGGUUCAUAUGGACCGACCUUGGGUUUGCUAUCUUGUUUACCAUAGAAGCAAUAAUUAAGGUGGUUGCGGAUGGGUUUUUCUGGACGCCCAAUGCGUACUUGCGUUCAUCAUGGGGCUUCAUCGACGGAAUUGUCUUGGUCACUCUUUGGGUCAGCGUCGUGAAUUCUUUGAGAGAAGAGAAAGCCACCUCUAGGGCCAUCGGGGCAUUCAAAGCACUGAGGGCGCUGAGGUUGCUUAACUUCAGCGACAGUGCUAAAAACACCUUUCAUUCGGUCAUAAUCCUUGGAGGAUGGAAAGUUAUUGCCGCUGCCUCGGUCUCGAUGAGUUUUCUGAUCCCGUUCGCGAUCUACGGUGUUACACUGUUCCGUGGACAAAUGGUGAAAUGCAAUGACGACGAAUUUCAGGGAAAUUUAGAUGGCUGCGUUGGCGAAUUUAUGAGUUCACCAUUCAAUUGGGAUGUUCUGGCACCCCGAGUUGCAUCGAACCCUUACUAUGACUUUGACAAUUUCGGACAUUCGCUCUUCAUUCUCUUCCAGAUUGUUUCCCAGGAAGGGUGGACGGACGUUCAGACAAGCGCGAUGAGCGUUACAGGGGUUGGCGAACAACCACGGGAAUCUGCGGCUCCCGAAAACGGGCUGUUUUUCAUUGUGUUCAAUUUGCUCGGUGCUGUCUUUGUCUUGACUCUGUUUGUGUCUGUGUUCAUGCGUAACUACACGGAGCAAACUGGAGUUGCUUUCUUGACCGCCGAGCAGCGAUCUUGGCUUGAAUUGAAGAAGCUACUCAAGCAAGUUUCGCCCUCCAAGCGGAGGUCUACCGAGAAAUCUACGACCUGGAGACAGUGGGCUUAUCGAGUCGCCUACAAGAAGCAUGGCCCCUGGGCGAAUUGCGUGACCGUCAUUCUUGUGUUGCACCUCCUCCUGCUGAUACUUGAGUAUUACCAUGAGAAUCCUACUUGGGACACGAUUCGAGACAGUUUAUUUUUCGUGUUCAACUUUUUCUAUCUCGGGAACGUCAUCGUGCGACUGGCUGGACUGGGCUGGCACCGGUUCAGUAGAAGCUCGUGGGAUCUUUACGCUUUGCUUGUUGUUCCUGCCACUAUGAUUACGGCAAUCUUGAACUUCGCAUUGAAGCCCCAGGAAGAGCAAGCAGUUAUGGUGCUGAGCAAACUAUGCCUUGUCGCCAUUACAUUGCUACUUAUUCCCCGCAACAAUCAGCUCGAUCAAUUGUUCAAAACGGCCGCGGCUAGUUUAACAUCCAUUGGGAACCUGUUAGCAACCUGGUUUGUGCUGUUCCUUGUUUACGCAAUUGCAAUGAACCAGGCUUUCGGUAUGACGAAGUUCGGCGGCGAAAGCGUAACCGGAAACACAAACUUCCGAGAUAUUCCAAGAGCCCUGAUCUUGCUUUUCCGUACGAGUUGCGGCGAGGGAUGGAACGAACUUAUGGAGGACUUUGCGCAGAUGGAACCGCCGUUCUGUGCCGAUAACAGUGAUGACAUGUCCCAGAACGACUGCGGAAGCAAGCCUUGGGCACGAGCGCUGUUCAUAUCAUGGAAUAUCAUCAGCAUGUAUAUCUUCGUUUCCCUUUUUGUCUCUCUUAUUUUUGAGAGCUUCUCCUAUGUCUACCAACGAAGUAGUGGCCUCUACGUGAUUAGCCGGGAAGAGCUCCGCCGUUUCAAACAGGCAUGGGCCGAAUACGACCCUGAUGGCACCGGCUAUAUAACUAAGGAACAGUUCCCACGACUAUUAAGGGAACUUACCGGCAAAUUCGAAGUGCGCAUAUACCAGGGGGAUUUCAUGGUUCCACGCAUUCUAGAUGAAUGUAAAGUCGACAAGCGCGACUCACUCCUUGCGCAUCGGAGAGUCUUCGAAGGUGUUGACUUGGACAAGCUGGCUAGGAUCAUCCGCAAAAUCCCAGUCAACACCGUGCGGGAACGGCGGCAGCGACUCAACCAACUUUACGAAGAGGUCUUGGUGUCUGCUGAUCUGGUGCAUGGCAUUUCAUUCGACUCCUUGCUUAUGAUCCUCGCGCACUACAAUGUGAUCAGUGACAGCAAGAGCCUCAGACUUGAAGAGUUCUUACGGCGCCGCGCAAAGUUGCAGCGCGUGGAGGAGGCGGUCCGUCGUAACACGGUGAUUGAUUUCUUCAAGACUCUCAACGCUGCUCGGGAAUUCCGAAGAAAGGUUGACCAUAAACGAUCUGCUCGGAUGACCUUUGUGCCCCAAUUCAAUGUCCCUGAGAUCUAUGUGGAUGAUGAAUCGCAGUAUAACCAGCAGCCCCACGAGACGCCGCGGGAAGCUGGCCCAAGUGGGAUGGAGCCGUCGAUGCUCUCCCCGUCAUCGCCGGGCCGAGGACAAGCUGGUCCGUCACAGCUUCCUCGGAUUGACACUAACGUGGGAGGCCGAUUGAAUUCCGAAGCCAGCUCACCGUCGGAGUGGUCUAAUAUUAGCAUCUCCCUAUCCCCUGGCCGGGAAAGAGCGCACACAACAAGUUCGUAUGAUCCUCCUGCCACACCUGGCGGGGGAACCUCUGCAACAUCCGAACAUUCGCGACACAAUAGUGCGAUGACUGUGUCGGACGUGAUGCAGUCAUUCGGCGAUUCCGCCUGGGGCGAGAGUAUCCGACGCAGUUUCACGCAGCGGCGUAGAUCAGGGGACGAAACAUGA